AUGGACAUCACCCCAGCCAGCUUCUCCGGUACCCCCCGAUCACGGUCUAGGUCCCGGACAAGAAACUCUACAGCCAACUCGCGUUCUACCAGCUCCAACCGUCGGCCGUCGUUGGGAAGUAGAAGAUCCCUUUCUUCAUCCUCGUUAACUAAGUUAUCAGUAGUUCCCACCAACGUCGAUGACGCCGUGGUUCCCUCCGUGCAAGCCACGUUGGACAACUCUUUGCCACUUGACUUCUUCAAACAAGACAUUUGGGCGUUGAUCAAGACCUUGAAAAUUGGCAAAUGGCAUAAAAAGCAGUUGGACCCCAAAAACAUCCAAGUCAACCGAAUCUCAGGAGCUUUGACAAACUCCAUCUACAAAAUUGAGUACAGAGACGGGUACAUCAAGAUCCCUUCGUUGCUCUUGCGAGUCUACGGGAAGAACGUCGACGAGAUCAUCGACCGGGAGCUGGAAUUAGAAGUGUUGAUCAAGUUGUGCCUCAAGCGCAUUGGUCCCAAAUUGUUGGGAAUCUUCACCAACGGGAGAUUUGAGCAAUUCUUGGAAGGUUUUGUGACUUUAACUAAGGAGGAGAUACGACACGAGGUGAUCUCCCAGAUGCUAGGUAGAAGAAUGAAGGAUUUGCACUACAAGAUCCAAUUGGAAUACAAAGACUACAAGGAUAACGUGCCAAUGUGCUGGAAGUUGAUCAGCAAAUGGUUGCAAAUCUAUGAGACUGAUCUUAGACAAAAUUUCCUCCAGCAUGGAAUCAAGGACGAAGACAUCUUUUUGACGGAGUAUGAGGUGUUCAAAGCCAAGGUGUUUGAGUACAGAGACUGGUUAUUCACCAAGUAUGAAAGAACCGGGUUUGCGUCGAAUUUCAAAUUUUGCCACAAUGACACCCAAUACGGCAACUUGUUGUUGCAUGAAUCAUUUAAUCCAGGCGAUAUCAUUGUGGGAGAAGGCACCUCUACCGGAGUCAAAAACACCAGCAACAAGAGAGAUACCAGUUUGGUGGUGAUUGACUUUGAAUACGGGGGAGCCAACUUCCCAGCCUUCGACUUGGUGAACCAUUUCUCCGAGUGGAUGGCCAACUACCAUGACCCUGAAAAGUCGUACUUUUUAGAUGAACUGAGGUACCCAACCAAAUUAGAGCAGUUGAAUUUGAUCAAAGCGUACAUCGAGUACGACUUCCAGUAUCCCUCAUCAAACUUGAAAGUUGACUCCGAGCCCGAUAUCACCAAGGUCACGCCCGCCGAGUUGAUAGAGUUCGAGAUCAAGAAGAUAUACGAUGAGUGUGUUUUUUGGAGAGCAUCUGUCCAGGUUUACUGGUGUAUCUGGGGUUUGAUCCAAAACGGGCCUUUCAAGCAAAAGGAUAUAGUGGAGCAGUUAGGAGCCACUUCUUUGGAACGAGGCGUGGACGGCACGUACACCAUCACCACGGGUCUCACCAGCGUCGAGUUGAACGAAAGUACCAUCGAAGAUGAAAUCACCUCUGCUGAUGACGAGUUCAACUAUAUUAAGUACAGCCAGCAAAAAGCAGCACUUGCUAUAGGGGAUUUUAUUUCGCACGGACUUUUUGACCAGCUGUCUCUCAGCCCCCAGUGCCAGCAUCUAGUAAAGACGCUCGAUAGCCUGGUGUUCGGGCCCCUCGAGUAG